AGCCUGUGCAUAUGUCAUAGCCCUCAUGGCGGUGUACUGGUGCACUGAGGUGUUGCCUUUGGCGGUGACGGCAUUGCUGCCAACCAUUCUGUUCCCCGUCCUCGGCAUCAUGGAGUCCAAAGAUGUGUGUAUGCAGUACCUGAAGGACACCAACAUGUUGUUUGUGGGAGGCCUGAUGGUGGCCGUCGCUGUGGAGCACUGGAACCUCCACAAACGCAUCGCACUCAGAGUCCUGCUGCUGGUUGGAGUUCGACCUGCACUGCUGAUGCUGGGCUUCAUGGGAGUGACAGCCUUCCUGUCAAUGUGGAUCAGUAACACGGCCACCACCGCCAUGAUGGUUCCCAUUGUCCAGGCCGUCCUUGACCAGCUCAACGGCAAUGUAGACCCUGAACCCUUCUCCCAGAGCCAGAGACGGAUUGUUGUUCUACAUCAGGAACAUCAGAAGAAAAGCAGCAGCAGUCUGCAAACCAACAGUCCGAACAUCCUGGAGAUAGCACAAGAAAACUCAGAGAAAACCAGCAACCUACAGGACAACAUGUCUCCUGAGCAGAGAGUGUCUUCAGAGGGUCAGAUGGACAAAGAGGAGAACGUCAAACCAACACCUCAGGACAAGCCUCCAUCAGACUACACUGAAGGCGGGCCUGUGGUCGUGUCCGUGGAGACUGUCUGCUGUCAGAUGGAGCUGGAGGAGCUGAGCGAGGAGGAAGAUGAGAGGAAGAGGAUGAGUAAAGGACUCUUAUUGUGUGUGUGCUACGCUGCAAGCAUCGGAGGCAUCGCCACUCUGACUGGAACCGGACCAAACCUGGUUUUGAUUGGACAGAUGAGCCAACUCUUCCCUCAGAACGGUGAUGUGAUCAACUUUGCAUCGUGGUUUGCAUUCGCCUUCCCCACCAUGAUGCUGACCCUGACUCUAGCCUGGUUCUGGCUGCAGUUCCUCUACAUCGGCUGCAAUCUGCGAAAGACAUGGGGCUGCGGGGCGGUGCAGUCGGAGAAGGAGCGAGCAGCAUACGAGGUGAUCAGUGAUGAACAUCGUCGUCUGGGCAAGAUGAGUUAUGGAGAAAUUAGUGUGCUGGCACUCUUCGUUCUAAUGGUGGUGCUGUGGUUCACACGAGACCCUCGCUUUAUGGACGGCUGGGCCACCAACAUCUUUAACUCCAAGGCAGAGUUUGUGACUGAUGCCACUGUCUCUCUAUUCGUUGCUGUGUUGUUGUUUGUUCUUCCCUCUGAGCCACCUCGCUUCCUCUGCUGCUGGAAGAGCUCUGACACGGAGUCCCAAGUGUCACGAGGCCCUGCCCCUUCUCUGCUUACCUGGCAGGUGACCCAGAAGAAGAUGCCGUGGAACAUUGUGCUGCUGCUGGGAGGAGGCUUUGCUCUUGCCAAAGGCAGCGAGGAGUCUGGGCUGUCCCGUUGGCUCGGCACUCAGAUGACACCGCUCCACUCGAUCCCUCCCUGGGCGAUCGCCAUCAUCCUCUGCCUCCUCAUCGCCACCUUCACUGAGUGUGCCAGCAAUGUUGCAACGGCAACUCUCUUUCUGCCCAUCCUGGCCUCCAUGUCCCAGUCUAUAGGUCUGAACCCUCUGUAUGUGAUGAUCCCCUGCACGCUCAGCGCUUCCUUCGCCUUCAUGCUGCCUGUGGCCACGCCCCCUAACGCCAUAGUCUUCUCUUACGGGUUACUUAAAGUAUCAGACAUGGCUCGAGCCGGCGUGGUAAUGAACAUCAUCGGGAUCGGCUGCAUCAGUCUCGCCAUCAACAGUUGGGGUCGCGUCAUGUUCGAUCUGGACUCAUUUCCUUCCUGGGCCAACGCCACAGUGCCUGUUUGAGAGCAACAGCCAGCUCUUACUUCGAUCAGGGACUCUGCUUUUAGGGUCUCUCUGUUUUUGUUUUAGUACUGCUGCUUGUGAACGCUGCCUCUGAGCCGCAAAAAAUUGCCUGCACGUCCGGACAUUCUCAGUGCUGAUGAGGCGAUCGUAUUUCAAAGGGCUUUUUUCAAGCUCUGGCUGUAAACUCCAACAAAGUGAUGGAAAAUAGGCUUUUUAAAAUCCUGUUAGCAGCACUCAUUGUCGUUUUAAGCUUAAACCUCUGGACCCGUAGUGAUAGUCAUGUGUUGGUUUGUUUCUUUGUUUCUAUGUUAUUUCCAUCAGUUUUUAUACUAUCGACAACAGACUACCUUUAGGUUUUUGAGUGUGUUAAUAGAUUUUUUAAAUGUUAUGCUUGUCAGUGUCUAAAAUCUGCUAUGCACAGGAGGAUCUUUAGUUUGAAUAUUUGUUUGGAAAAUCUGGAUUACCCCAAAUUACACUGCAAAAAACUCAAACCUUAGCGAGUGCAUUUGUGUAAUUUUAAGUCAAAAUAUCACUUGAACACUUGAUAUCAAUGACAUUGACAGGAAAGUUUAAUGUAAACAAGACUUACUGGCUGAAAACUCUCCUGAUUGCAUCAAAAGUGGCUAAACCUGGGCGCCAGUUUCGCCCGUAAUUCAAGCGUGCACCCCAAGUACAGAGGCUAGUCCUCAGGUGAGCGGCCUUGGUUUGAUCCUGACCUGCAGUCCCUCUCCUGCAUUUCACGCUCCACUGCCCGCUCUAUCCAUAGUCCUAUGCUCUCUUAAUAAAGGCAUAAAAAGCACAAAAAUAUAACUUUGUAAUGUGGCCUACCAAACUCCAUUAAAAAAACAAGCAUUUUAAAAAUUGUUGUCUUGCAGACAAAGACGACUAGUCAUGAACCUAGACUUUUUCACAAAUCAUGCAUUAAGUCUUUUCAACUUGUUUAUUCUUUUUACAUCACGAUAAAAUCUUCUUUUUCUAUGAGGGGGGUCAUAGCACUGUAGUAUGUCAUAUUUCAUUCAACUUUAAUGUGACUUACUAUAGAUUAACAGCAAAACUGUUGACCUUGUGGAGACAGAUGGACAGAGCGCUUGUCUUUAAAGGCAGAAAAAUGUGUUAAAUAAAUGUAAAACUUCAUCUUUUCACUUUAUCCUCUGCAGCCAAAGAGAACACUUUGAUUUUUUUUUAUUAGAAACAGAUCUUUAUAUUUAAUUUAUCCAGUAUUUGUGUUGUUUUCUAUUUAAAAGUCUGGGUUUUCAGUAAGUUAAGUAAGUGUGUGCAAACUAGUGAAUGUGUACUGUACAUAUGUAACCUCCAGAGUUUUGUACCAGUUUGUUGCUAACAGUUUUGUUUGUUGUUAAUAAUAGUUGAUCUUUAAAGAAAGGUGUGAAAGUAAAACUUUAAAUCCAGUCAUUGAAGAACAAAAGGUAGUGUCUAGUAUUUACAGGUAGUGCGUUAUAUUUAAAGGUACAGUGUGUAGUAUUUAAAGGUACAGUGUGUAGUAUUUAAAGGUACAGUGUGCAGUAGAAGAUGAAGAUGUUAUGUUUUUAAAAUUAAUAAAACUAAUGAUUAAGACAACUCUCUUUU